CUCAUUCGACCAACACCGCCGAUGCCAGCAGCGGCGUUGAAUUGCUGCCUGCCUCGCCGGCCAAGCUGGGUGCCAAUUGCAAUGACAGCACCACCAACAGCAACAGCAACAACAACAGCAACAGCAAUAGCAACAACAAUAGCAACAGCAAUAAUGGCUCCUCACUAAUACGCAAUCUCAAUUUAACCAAAAGCUCGUCGGGCGGCCUCUCGGGCAGCUCUAGCUCGCUACACUCGCGCGGCUAUACGGCGCUGCUGCGCAAGAUCUCCUAUCAGCAGCAUACGAACUCCCUUCGGGCUGCCGGCAGCGAAGCGUCUAAUUUGUUGCGUAUGCGCCAUUCCUCGCUGGGCAAAUCUGCGCCAUGCCUGACUGGUAAUUACUUUCGCCAUGAACUCAGCUGCGGUGGUCCAGGUGUUGGAGCAGUGUCCGCCGCCGCAGGAGGCGCGGGGKGUAUGAAUUCAACAGCUCCUGGUCUGAAUAUCUCACGCUCUGGCAGUGGCAUUGCCCUGUCCAAGCACCAUCAUUUGCAUGGCGUGGUCAUGCGCGGCUCCACUUCGGGUGCUGGCAGCAGUGGAUCGAGCGGUGUGGCUCAUCAUCGSUUGAGUCUGGUCACCAAUGCUGCUGCCAUGGCUGGUAGCUCACGCGCCCAUUCGCCAUAUUCGGCUAGCCCGGCGGAUAGUCCGCGCCUCAAUUCGCCCAUGCCGUUCGCAUUUGCGCCCAUCAAACGCAUCGCCUCUUGUCGCGGCGUUGCCGAUGGCAGACGUUGGUCGGUGGCAUCGUUGCCGUCCUCCGGCUAUGGCACAACGCCAGGCAGCUCUAAUUUAUCGUCGCAAUGCUCCAGUCAGGAGGCGUUAAAUCAUUUGCCGCACAAUUUGCCGCCUGGUCACGAGGAUGCAGCCGCAGUGGCAGCUGGUGCCUGCUGUGCGGAACACUUGAAGCAGCAUUGCCCUAAGCAUUGUGCAUUGUUGCUCGCUGCGCAUAAGCCRCAACAACAGCAGCAGCAGCCGCAGCAUGCACCAAAGCUCGCACAGCUGCAGCCACAGCCAUUGAAACCACCGAUCGCAUGCAUUAACUGUUGCGCCGAUUUGAGCGUCGCCUGCAGCGGCAAUGCUAAUGCCAAUGCUAACGCCGCUAAUGCAGCUAAUGCAUCGACCGCGUCAAUGCCGAGCGGUCGCAUGUCGCCCUGUUUUCGGCCACGCUCACGUUCGCUGUCCAGUCCAUCCCGUUCGCCCAUUGUGGACAAUGAGAUAGCUGUGAUGAAUACGCUGUAUAAGGAACGCUUCCCCAAGGCCACCCAGCAAAUGGAGGAGCGUCUGAAGCACUUCAUCAACGAGAACAAAAGUCUUGCGUGCAAUAGUUUUCGUGACUCUCAGCCCAUUGUGCGCUUUGUACACCAUCAAGUGUUGGAAAUGGCUCGGGAUUGUCUGCACAAAUCGGAGGCUAAGUUGAUUACGUCACAGUACUUCUACGAGCUGAGCGAGAAUCUGGAGCGUCUGUURCUGGAGACCAAGGAGAAGUCCCCGGAGGCGGCUGCCGAGUUGAGUGGCGUUAUCAAAAAGUUGCUGUUGAUCAUAUCGCGGCCAGCGCGUUUGUUGGAAUGUCUCGAAUUCGAUCCGCAAGAGUUUUACGAGCUGCUCGAGGCAGCCGAGGGCCAUGCGAAGGCCAUGCCUGUCAUUAAGGCGGAUAUACCGCAGUACAUUAUACACAAGCUCGGCCUCAAUCGUGAUCCCAUUGCGGAACUGCAGCAAGAGCUGCGCGAGACGCAGCAAAUGUGCUCGGAGCAGGUGACGGCUGGCGGAGACAAGUUGCUCGAUACGCAGCCAGCUGCCGGUGCACUGCUCCUCAACUCACCCUUGACCUGUGCGGCCAAGCAGCUGAGCAAUCUCACAUUGGACGGCGUAACAUUGGAGACAGGUAAUUCGGGUGGCAGUGGCACCUGUACGCCACAACCGAAAUUACCGCAGCAGCCGCCACAGACGCCGGUAGGCUGUGAUAACCAACCGACGCCCAGCUUUGCAUUGUCCAUUAGCCAGCUGAACACGCCAGCAGCUACUGCAGAGACAACUGCUGCACAACAGCAGCAGCAGCAACAACAACAACAACUGCAGCAGCAGCAGCAGCAACAACAACAACCGCUGCCGCAUGAAAACGACUUCGAAAUUGCCAAGCUGAUCUCAAAUGGUGCCUAUGGCGCCGUCUAYCUGGUUAAGCACAAGACAACGCGCCAGCGCUUCGCAAUGAAGAAGAUCAACAAGAAUAAUCUCAUAUUGCGCAAUCAGGUGGAGCAGGUGUUCGCCGAGCGUGACAUACUGUCGUUUGCCGACAAUCCUUUUGUGGUUAGCAUGUACUGCUCCUUUGAGACCAAGAAGCAUCUCUGCCUGGUCAUGGAGUACGUGGAGGGCGGUGACUGUGGCACGUUGCUCAAGAACAUUGGCCCGCUGCCCGCUGACAUGGCGCGCUUUUAUUUCGCCGAAACAGUAUUAGCCGUGGAGUAUCUGCAUAGCUAUGGCAUUGUCCAUCGAGAUCUCAAACCGGACAACUUAUUAAUCACGGCCCUUGGUCACAUUAAGCUCACCGAUUUCGGACUCUCCAAAAUGGGUCUUAUGUCGCUGGCCACCAAUCUGUAUGAAGGCUAUAUUGAUUCAGAGACGCGACAAUUUUCCGAUAAGCAGGUCUAUGGCACUCCAGAGUAUAUAGCACCUGAGGUAAUUUUGCGACAGGGCUAUGGCAAGCCCGUCGACUGGUGGUCCAUGGGCAUAAUAUUGUAUGAGUUUCUCAUUGGCUGUGUGCCGUUCUUCGGCGAGACCGCCGAGGAGCUGUUUGCGCACACCGUCAACGAUGACAUCGAGUGGCCGGACAGCGAGGAUUGGCCCGUGCAGGCGGAGGCAAAGGAUAUAAUAUCACAGUUGCUGCAGCAGAAUCCGCGGGAUCGCUUAGGCAGUCAGAUUGGUGCUCUGGAAGUGAAGGAGCACGUUUAUUUCCAGGGCAUGGAUUGGAACUCGCUGCUCCGCCAAAAGGCAGAGUUUGUGCCGCAGCUGUCGCACGAGGAUGAUACCAGCUACUUUGAUACACGCAUGGAUCGCUACAAUCACGAUUUGGCCGGCGACGAUACCGAUGACACCGACGAUACGCCAGUGUUUGGUAGCUUCAAUUCCUAUACGCCGCAGUAUCGUAAGCAGCAUUACAGCUGGUCUCGCCAUGCGACGGCGUCGACAACGGACAGCUCCAAAACCACGCCAACAACAUUGCCGUCGCGUGCACAGGAAAAUGCGACAGCAACAGCGACUAUGGCCGGCACAGGAGUAAUGCCCAAACAGAUGCCUACAGCUGCAAGCCAGGAGGGCGUGGUCAAUAAGUUCUUGAACACGCCGCAGUUGCGUAAGCUGGAUGGAUCUGUAGCUUCGCCAACAACAACGGAUGCAACUUUGGCUGCCAAGCAAAAGAAGUAG